AUGGAAGAUUUCUUCAGGGAGAUCCGAGAGAUGGACAGGCGGAUGGACGCCGAGAUGGCCCAUAUGGACACCAUGAUGACGAUGGGCGACUUCGAAUCCCCCUUCUUCGCUCGCGACCGCGACACGCUCGACGAGUUCUUCCUCCUCUCGCGGCUCGGUGCCUUCCCUUCCUCUUCUUCGAAUCAUCGUCAUCUUCAUGAUCAUCGUGGCCAGCGCCUCAUCCACGGCCGGCCCCUCACCCAGCGCGAAGAGCGCGAGCGCCGCGCCCGCAAGGCCCAGUCGGCCUUCCGCGAGGCCGUGCGCCAGGGCGACGCCAGAAGUGUCGCCACGCUACUCGCGCGCCAGGUGGUCGAGCCCGCCACCAUCGACGCGCCCUACACGCUCGGCGGCCACGAGACGAGCCCCAUGCUCGACGCCUGUGGCGCGGGCCACGUGGACGUCGUGCGGCUGCUCAUCGAACACGGCGGCGACGUUAAUCGGCGCGUGGGCCAGGCCACGCCGCUCUACGUGGCGGCCAAGGCGGGCCACGGCCGGGUGGUCGAGCUGCUACUGGAGCGCGGGGCCGAGACCGAGCCGCGGCUGGGCACGAGGCGCAACUCGGCCGUGGCCGAGCUGCCCGGCGGCUCCCUGCACCACCAUGACGUGGUCGACAUGCUGCUGGGCAGGGGCGCCAGCUUCCUGUCGCCGGACUACGCGGGCGAGACUCCGAUGGACCUCCUACGCCGCUGGGCGCAGGACGUGUGA